AUGGUUACUCUUCUCUCAAGGAAGAACCACCUCUCUUCCUCACCUUUAUCUUCCUUCACACUCGUCCUCUUCCUCACAUCAUGUCUACUCGGCACCUCCUACACCUCCCAUAACAACAACCGCAACCUCGUCGCAGCAGAGACACCCCUAUCCCACGACCAACUCUACUCUCAAUACGGUUUUGUCAAGAACUGGGCCGCCCCCAUGCCCGGCACCCCCAUCGCCGCUUCGGGUGUCAACACCACCCAACCAGGAGUCGACACCGGUGCCGGGUACAUCCUUCAUAACUGGUCGACCAACUAUAAGACCAUCACUGUUGGCGCCAACGAUAUCUCCUUUGUCGCCGACCCCUACCCCUCUACUUCUCCCUCCCCAGCACCAGCAAGUAGCAGCAACUCGACAGUGAAUGCGGUCAGCCAGGUGAUGCAGAUAAACUAUCCAAAGGGAUCUUAUGCACCCAAGGCCGGACCCGUUACGGGCGGAACGUCCUUCUAUGCCAUACCCUUUGGCGAUGACACGCCCUUUGAGAAAAUGAUGAUCAGCUACGACGUUGCAUUCCCUACUGGAUUCGACUGGGUCCUGGGAGGCAAGCUGCCAGGGAUCUAUGGAGGACACCCCCACGAAUGUUCGGGAGUAUACGCAUAUAUCCCAGUGGCGGACAACUCGAACUUUUGCAAGAACCCAAAUGUCCAAUGCAACGACCAAUACGGGAAAUCCAUCGGCCGGGGACUCCUCUACUUCCCUCCAGGGACCUGGACUCGCAUCGACAUGGUCAUGCAACUCAACGAACCCGCAGGUUACAACAAUGGAAUCCUCGACGUCUACAUCAAUGGCCUCAAAUUCACCUCCAUGAACACAAUCCCUUACAGGACAACGGGGAUGGUGGGUUUCCAGGGACUGAUGUUCUCGACAUUCUUUGGUGGCAGCACGCCUAGUUAUGGGACUCCCGUCGAUACGAGUGUUUUCUUUCGGAAUGUGCAGUUGAGUGUUGGGGAGCCCGCGACGUUGUAUGAGGGCAAUGGCGGGACUCCAGCUGCUGGUGGCAAAAUUGUUGGAUCGAGAGCCACUCUUGAGAGUUUGGUGUUUUCUGUCUUUGCUAUCCUUCUCGGCGUCUUCUUUGCUACAGAGCAAAAAAAAAAGAACAUGAUCAAGUCCGUCCUCAUCUUCAAUAACCAUGGCAACCCACGCCUGACAAAAUUCUACCAACCUAUCGACAUUGCAACACAACAAGCGCUCAUCAAAGAGAUCUUCCAGCUCAUCUCAAAACGACCCGACACCGUCUGUAAUUUCCUCGAGGGCUCGCAGAUGUUGGGUGGCCGGGAUACCCGUGUCAUCUACCGCCACUAUGCGACUUUGUACUUCGUCUUUGUUGUGGAUGAAUCUGAGAGUGAACUCGGGAUCCUGGACCUUAUCCAAGUCUUUGUGGAGAGUUUGGAUAGGUGCUUUGAGAACGUCUGCGAAUUGGACUUGAUCUUCCACUUCAAAGAGGUACACGAUAUCUUGGCCGAGGUCAUCACAGGCGGCAUGGUGCUGGAGACGGAUAUUGGCGAUAUUGUGGCGGCAGUACAGGAGGCAGGGAGACUUGCCAAAAAGCCUACAGGACUCUUGGCCCAAAAGUCGCCCUUCUAG